UGUCUCUCUUACCUCCUUGAUGUUCGGCACUAUUUGUGGCCGGCGUGGUGGAAGGACACAGUGAGGUUCUCACCCCCGCCCCCCUCUCCCAUCCCCAGUUCCAUCAAAGCGAACCCCGGCCAGCGCAAGGAUCUUCGAGUUGCGCGUGUGCUGAGGCUUAGACUGUCACUCAUUCUCCGAUCAGCGCGUGAAGGCAGCUCGGCAGCCGCUGGCAGGAAACAAUUCUGCAAAAAUAAUCAUACUCAGCCUGGCAAUUGUCUGCCCCUAGGUCUGUUGCUCUGCCGCCGUCCACUCGCUGCAAGGGAGGGCACAGAAUUCACCGCGGCAAGAACAUCCCUCCCAGCCAGCCGACUACAAUGCUGCAAACUAAGGAUUUCAUCUGGACUUUGUUUUUCCUGGGAACUGCAGUGUCUCUGCAGGUGGAUAUUGUUCCCAGCCAAGGAGAAAUCAGCGUUGGAGAGUCCAAAUUCUUCUUAUGUCAAGUGGCAGGGGAUGCCAAAGAUAAAGACAUCUCCUGGUUCUCCCCCAAUGGAGAAAAGCUCACUCCAAACCAGCAGCGAAUCUCAGUGGUGUGGAAUGAUGAUUCUUCCUCCACCCUCACCAUCUACAAUGCCAACAUCGACGACGCCGGCAUUUACAAGUGUGUGGUCACUGGCGAGGAUGGCAGUGAGUCAGAGGCCACAGUCAACGUGAAGAUCUUCCAGAAGCUCAUGUUCAAGAAUGCACCCACCCCACAAGAGUUCAAGGAGGGAGAAGAUGCCGUGAUCGUGUGUGACGUGGUCAGCUCCCUCCCCCCAACCAUUAUCUGGAAGCACAAAGGCCGAGAUGUCAUCCUGAAAAAAGAUGUCCGAUUCAUAGUCCUGUCCAACAACUACCUGCAGAUCCAGGGCAUCAAGAAAACAGAUGAGGGCACUUACCGGUGUGAGGGCAGAAUCCUGGCACGAGGGGAGAUCAACUUCAAGGACAUUCAGGUCAUUGUGAAUGUGCCACCCACUGUCCAGGCCAGGCAGAGUGUAGUGAAUGCCACCGCCAACCUUGGCCAGUCUGUUACCCUGGUGUGUGAUGCUGAAGGCUUCCCAGAGCCCACCAUGAGCUGGACAAAGGAUGGGGAACAGAUAGAGGAUGAGGAAGAUGAGAAGUAUAUCUUCAGCGACGACAGUUCCGAGCUGACCAUCAGGAAGGUGGAUAAGAAUGAUGAGGCCGAGUAUGUCUGCAUUGCUGAGAACAAGGCUGGCGAGCAGGAUGCAUCCAUCCACCUCAAAGUCUUUGCAAAACCCAAAAUCACUUACGUAGAGAACCAGACUGCCAUGGAACUGGAGGAACAGGUUACUCUUACUUGUGAAGCCUCGGGAGACCCUAUUCCCUCUAUCACCUGGAGAACUUCCACCCGAAACAUCAGCAAUGAAGAAAAGGCUUCGUGGACUCGACCAGAGAAGCAAGAGACCCUGGAUGGGCACAUGGUGGUGCGCAGCCAUGCCCGCGUGUCAUCCCUGACCCUGAAAAGCAUCCAGUAUACGGACGCUGGAGAGUACAUCUGCACUGCCAGCAACACCAUCGGCCAGGAUUCCCAAUCCAUGUACCUUGAAGUGCAAUAUGCCCCCAAGCUACAGGGCCCCGUGGCUGUGUACACUUGGGAGGGGAACCAGGUCAACAUCACCUGCGAAGUGUUUGCCUAUCCCAGUGCCACAAUCUCAUGGUUCCGAGAUGGUCAGCUGCUGCCAAGCUCAAAUUACAGCAAUAUCAAGAUCUACAACACGCCCUCAGCCAGCUAUCUGGAGGUGACCCCAGACUCUGAAAAUGACUUUGGAAACUACAACUGCACUGCAGUGAACCGCAUUGGACAGGAGUCCUUGGAAUUCAUCCUUGUUCAAGCAGACACCCCCUCCUCACCAUCCAUCGACCAGGUGGAGCCAUACUCUAGCACAGCACAGGUGCAGUUUGACGAGCCAGAAGCCACAGGCGGCGUGCCCAUCCUCAAGUACAAGGCUGAGUGGAGAGCAGUGGGCGAGGAAGCGUGGCAUUUCAAGUGGUAUGAUGCCAAAGAAGCCAGCAUGGAAGGCAUCGUCACCAUCAUGGGUCUGAAGCCAGAGACAACGUAUGCUGUACGGUUGGCAGCCCUCAAUGGCAAGGGGCUGGGCGAGAUCAGUGCGGCCUCCGAGUUCAAGACGCAGCCAGUCCAAGGGGAACCCAGCGCACCUAAGCUCGAAGGGCAGAUGGGAGAGGAUGGAAACUCUAUUAAGGUGAACCUGAUCAAGCAGGAUGACGGCGGCUCCCCAAUCAGACACUACCUGGUCAAGUACCGCGCGCUGUCCUCCGAGUGGAAACCAGAGAUCAGGCUCCCCUCAGGCAGUGAUCACGUCAUGCUCAAGUCCCUCGACUGGAACGCCGAGUAUGAGGUCUACGUGGUAGCUGAGAACCAGCAGGGAAAAUCCAAAGCAGCUCAUUUUGUGUUCAGGACAUCAGCCCAGCCCACUGCCAUCCCAGCUAAUGGCAGCCCCACCUCAGGGCUGAGCACUGGCGCCAUCGUGGGCAUCCUCAUUGUCAUCUUUGUCCUGCUGUUGGUGGUUGUGGACAUCACCUGCUACUUCCUGAACAAGUGUGGCUUGCUCAUGUGCAUCGCUGUUAACCUGUGUGGAAAAGCUGGGCCCGGGGCCAAGGGCAAGGACAUGGAGGAGGGCAAAGCUGCCUUCUCGAAAGAUGAGUCCAAGGAGCCCAUUGUGGAGGUGCGAACUGAGGAGGAACGGACCCCAAACCAUGAUGGAGGGAAACAUACAGAGCCCAAUGAGACCACGCCACUGACUGAGCCCGAGAAGGGCCCUGUAGAAGCAAAGACGGAAUGCCAGGAGACAGAAACGAAGCCAGCGCCACCAGCUGAAGUCAAGAUGGUCCCCAACGAUGCCACACAGACAAAGGAGAACGAGAGCAAAGCAUGAUGGGUGAUGAGCAGCGAGCAAAGAUCAAAAUAAAGAGUGACACAACAACUUCACCAGAGCAUUUCCAAUACCACCCACGCACGCAUGCGUGCACACACACACAACACACACACACACACAUGCAUACAUCUCAUUCCUCUAGUGUCUUUUGCCUUUAAAAGAAAAAUAACAGAUAAACAUUGGAUCUCCUUUUUGUAGAUUUAUAGAAAGGAUUCCUUUGUUGCACACUCACUUGUAAGAAAAUGAGAUAAAAAUGUUAAACCCACAGCCAAACUAGGACACGCCGUUCCCUGAAACCAUUUAGAAACCAAACAAAAGGACCCUAAAUUAAGAAUCUAGGAAGCUCAGAAUAAAUCUAGGUUCAAGACAAAUGCACUUGGUUUACCCAAUUGGCACUGACCAGUUUCAGAGAAUUACUUCCAGGCACUAAGACAAACCGAAUGAACAAAGUCCACAGUUUAUUUUUAUACUUUCAGUCGAGUUUGAACUCUGUAAAACCUCAUAAAUAAGUUAUAAUUUCUGUUCACUUUGUAUUUGUUCAGUGUGCAAAGUGUGUCACCCUUUCUAGCUGAAUUCAAUUCCCACGUAGACUCUUGUUUUGUAGGAAGGAUGCCACAUUGCAGCUUCUGGGGAUAGAUUUCGAUUUGCAGUAUUUGGACUUCUUUUUCUUUCUCAGCCUUCUUUUUUUUUUGCCCCCCCCCUUUCUGUUGCUUUCUUUUCCAGUGUUUACAGAUUGACAGAUGUUAACUUUGAUUGUGUUUAAAUGUCCAUGUAAAAUAGCUGCCUUUUUUUUUUUUUUUUUUUUUAAAUAACAAAUACCACCUAGAGGUGAGUAGAAUCCUCACCACCUUGCUUUAGCACAGGACACCUUUAUGAAAUAUGAUUGUUUACAGUGGCUCUUCCCCCAUUCUGAUUUGAAAUUUUUACCUGGGUCCAGCUCAGGUAUCUCAUUCUAAAAUGGUUUUGCUCCUUGGUUUUCAGUUCUUUUGAUUUUCCGUUGGGGGUUAGACCACUUUCUGAUUAACCACCACCUGCCUGCGUCUGUGACAAAGGACCUGCUCCCCAGGUGUGCUCGCCCUUCCUUCUGAAGGACUCACGAGGCUUUGUUGAAUGAAGCAGAGAAGAUUGUAUAGUUGGGGCUGGUCUUGGUGAACACACAUGUUUUACCCCAAACAUCCCCUUUUUUGUAGAAAGCCAAAUAAAAUAUAUACAUACAAUUUCCUUUUGAGCCCAGAAUCUAGAUUUAAGUGAAAGAGCACGUGUGCUUCAGGGAAUUAGUGUCUUUUUUUGGAAAUCUGUUGAAGUAAAGUAACAUCGGCCUUCUGUUCGCUUAGGCAGCAUGUGUAGAAACAAAAGAAAAAAAAUAAUAACAACCUGCUGUCUUGAGUCAUAAUACAACUUUCCUGGAUUGGAAACCAAGUGGGGGGGAGGAAAAAAAAAAAAAAAACAGAAACUUUAAGGGGGAUGGGGGGGGGAGAAGGGAAAAGCCAGCCCUUUGUAUAGAAAUUUUGCUUUUUUUCUCAUUCUACUUUAGAACUGCAAGCUUGUGCACUGUGGAUGCGUGAAUAUUUUAGUGUGAAACGUGUUUUUGUCAUAGUAUUGAAAUAAAACUUCAACAUAGUUUGGUUGUGGAAGGUAUAGCAGAUAGUUCAGAAAAAAAAAAUAUUCAGGAAAAAGUACACUCUUAAAAGGAAUUGAAGCCUUUAAACAAAGAAAAUGAAAUAAAAAUGAUUAUGCUGAUGAAGGUGAACAGAAAUCAGUACUCUGGCAUGCGUUCCUUUUCUAAAGUACAAAACAGCGAGAGGUUAGAGUGGCAAGACUGCCUCUGAGUUCCUUAUUCUCUGGGCCACAAGCUCCAAUGUUCUGACGAUUCUGCAGUCUGAUCAGUGGCGAUGCUAGAUUAUCAUUUCAAACUGUGAAAAAUUAUGGUCUUGUCAUUUGCUAAAUGUGGGGUUAUUUUGCAUUUUCUCAGCUCCUGGGGAUGGAAAUGGAGGAUGCCAGCCUACACAGCCAUGGCCUCUUGAUUCUAGGGCUUGUAUACAUCUAUGGUUCAAAUGCACAGUCCUUCAGGAAGAAAGGAAACCAAGGAGGGUUGUUAGAGCACACAGCAGACUGGGCGAGCUUGGAUGUCUGAGAUGGGGAGGGCCCAGCAGGAGCGGUGGCCCUUCUAGUCACCAGAUUGUUCAGUAGGGUCUAUUCCUCACCUUGGCAUGUUAAGGGCUUUGGCCAAUGAAGCCAAACCCACAUUAUAUCUCACCAAGACUAAAAAUUUCAUUCGCAGUGGUUGUGAUUAGGCAAACUAAUUUUGGUUCUGAUGGUUAAGAAGAGACCAAGCAAGGUAUAGUCAUCCCUCCCUCAGAUAACCCGGCCCAAGGUAGCUGACACUGCCCCCCCACCCCCGAAUCCUGGCUCCAUCAUUAGCUGGAACUGAAGACCGCCCACGUUUUGGUCUGCCCCUCUCCCAUAACACAAUAUAGGUCUGCCUCAGCAUGCUAGAGCUUUCCUUUAUUUUCAGUAAAACAAAGAGCAAUGCUUUCUCUACAGUUCAAGAGGGAGCCAUUUUAUUUCCAAGAUGUUCUAUUAUGUUAAGAAAUAAACGCUUAACAAUUUUCAUUUUUUAGUUUUUGGACGUGGGAUCAACUCCACCAGUUUCCAAUGUCUCUAUGUGUCUAUAUGUGUAUGUGCCAUACAUGUGUAUUCACAUAAAUACCGGCACAGCUAGGUUCUGCUGGAGGGGCACUCAAACGCCACGUGUGGGGUCUCCCAAUCCUGAAGGGCCGUAGUGUACAUAGUGCAGCUUUUGACGUGGAUCUCUAUUUUCACACUUUUCUAUGGAGCCUUCCAAAUCCCAGGUUUUCACUCUACGCUGUCUGUCUGAUGGUGGUUUUCAGACCUCCAUUAACAUCCCUACCCAGCAUUCCCUACUUCGGGGGCCUUCUCUCUUGUUAUAAUACUUUUUACCAAGUGAAACAUCGAGACCACCUUUGUUUCCAUUCUCACUGGUGUAAAUACUGAGUACUAACUGAGAAUUUUGACUUUGCAUUCUGUCAGAAUACUUGUGUUCAAUAAAAAUUGAAAGAAAAAAG